AUGAAGCCACAGACACACAGCAUUAUCUGCAGCUCCAGCCCGAAAACACUCACUAUGAAGCCCUGGUAUCUCUACACUUUAGAGGAGGACCAGCACCUCUACGACCAGGAGUUUGACCUGGAAGCUCUGCUCAACCCCACACCGUCAAGGCCUGGGGUCCAGACCCACUCCACCCCACCAUCAGAGCCUGGAGUCCAGACCCACUCCACCCCAGACGAGGGCCCACUCGUCCUCACACCUCCAGAGGAAGCGGCUCCGGUCACGCAGCUCCGGCAGCAGCUGCAGCGAGCGAGAACCCAACUCAGAGAUCAGAAGAGAGUGAUCCGAGAAAAAGACUCUGUGUUAGAGAAAGUCAACGUUGCUCUUCUGAAAAAGGAGCAACAGGUCAAAGAGCAAAGCAGAGCUCACACAGAGAUGAGAGUUCUGUAUAAUACAGCUGUGAGUGACAAGGCUCAGCUCAAACAGGAACUCACAAACACAAAGAGAGUCCUGAGAGAGACGCCACAGAAAGAGCAGGACACUGCAGACACACGAGUUACUCUGCAGAAGAAGGACAAACAACUAGAGGAGCACUUAAGGCUCUGA